CAGAGCCUUUCUGAUAGCUACCCAACGGCCUUCUACUUCCUACAAAAUAACCUCAGGUCAUUUGACUGGUUGAAAGCUGUGAGAGCUGCGUGCUUUCCCUGUCAAUGGGUAACUUUUACAGAUAUAUGUAAAAAUGGUAGUGAAAAUACGUCUACAUUGUACCUUAUUUUUGUCAAUUAUAUGACCUAGUAAACUCAGUUAAGUGCUUCAUCUGAGCAGUCUUUGCAUCUGCUUGACUGAGAGCUAUUUGAAACAGCAAAUUUGGAAAGAGAAAACACAGUGGAAACCUGAAACAAAUACAGAUUCCAACCAGCAGAAGGCUCGAUUUCUUUACACUUAGAAUGGCACCCUGGAGGAGACUGGAUAAAGUCAUGCUGUUAAUAAUAAAUGUAGGUUUUGUGUUUUAUAUUAUGCACUCACUACAAGAUCUAAGAAAGGGAAGAAGUGACUCUGUAGUAGUUAAUCCUUGGUCUCUUAACCAAGAAAAUACCAUCUUUGAGAAACUGGACCAUUUGGACUGGCGCAUUUACAACCUCUCAAAAUCAGUGGAACAGUUUCAUGAAAAUAUAAAACAAAUAAAAUAUGAUCAGAAACUGCAAGAUAACUCCAAGAGUGAAGUACAUCAGGCUGGAUAUGCAGAGGAGGAAAAGAAGAGUGUACAUCGCUUGCUGUACCCAGACUCGCUUCUGUUCAAGCGCUGGGGUGCAGAUUUAACAGAAGAGGAGCAAACUGUUGCACAGAAUCUGUUCUUAAAAUAUGGGUAUAAUGUUUAUCUCAGCGACCACCUACCUCUGGACCGACUUAUUAAAGACACCAGAUCUCCCAGCUGUCAAAGGAAAACAUAUCCCCAAGACCUUCCAACACUCAGUGUUGUACUUAUAUUUAUGGAUGAGGCACUGUCAAUCAUUCUACGUGCAAUUACUAGUAUAAUUAAUCGAACACCUUCUCAUUUAUUGAAAGAAAUCAUCCUGGUAGAUGAUUACAGUUCAAAUGAUGAUCUGAAAGGACCUUUGGAAGCACACAUCAAAAGUUACAAUGCAAAGCAUCCUGGACUGCUGAAAAUCAUAAGACAUCGGAAAAGAGAAGGCCUAACACAAGCCCGGAUUUCUGGCUGGGAGGUGUCAACUGCAGAUGUUGUUGCAAUUUUGGAUGCCCAUAUUGAAGUGAACGUAGCAUGGGCUGAACCUAUCCUGUCUCGAAUAAAAGAAGAUCGCACUGUUAUAAUAUCACCAGUAUUUGACAAUAUUCACUUUGAUAAUUUUGAGCUUCUCCAGUAUUCAGUGGCUGCGGAUGGAUUUGACUGGGCACUCUGGUGCCUUUAUGAACCUUUACCAGCUGAAUGGUAUGCUCUCAAAGAUGAAACAGCUCCAGUUCGAAGCCCAUCUAUAAUGGGGAUUCUUGUUGCACAUAGAGAAUUUUUGGGUGAGAUUGGUGUCCUGGAUGGUGGAAUGCACAUAUAUGGAGGAGAAAACGUGGAACUUGGCCUGAGGGCCUGGCAGUGUGGAGGGAAAAUAGAAGUAUUGCCCUGCUCAAGAAUUGCUCAUUUGGAAAGAGCUCACAAGCCUUACUUGCCAGACUUGAGUAUCUCUGUGAGACGGAAUGCCUUGCGGGUGGCAGAAGUGUGGAUGGAUGACUACAAGUACAUGGUCUACUUAGCAUGGAAUCUUCCAGUGGAGAAUCCUGGAAUAGACUUUGGAGAUGUUUCUUCCAGAAAGGAACUAAGGAAAAAACUGAACUGUAAAGGCUUUGACUGGUACAUAAAAAAUGUUUACCCUAAUUUAGUAGUUCUGCCCAACAUUGUGGCCUAUGGAACAAUGAGAAACACAUUGAAAGAAGACAUCUGCAUUGAUCAAGGUCCUGUCCCUGGAAAUACACCAAUUAUGUAUGUUUGUCAUGCAUACUCACCGCAGCACAUCUUUUAUCACAGCACUGGAGAAAUAUAUGUAGGUGGUUUGCGUGCCCGACUGAAUACGAUUGAUCGAUGCCUAACUGACCCUGGGAGUGGAGACUUGCCAGUUUUAGAGCAAUGUGACACAGCUGUGAAUAGCGGCCUGAACCUGUAUUGGGAUUUUAAGCAAGGAUCAGCAGUAAUCAACAGAAACACUAGAAGAUGCCUUGAAAUUACAGGAGACAAUCAGUCUUCAUACCGACUUGUGAUGCAGGCCUGCUCAGGACAAAGGUGGAAUAUUCAACAUACUCUUAAGGACUGGGGAAAGACGAAAGAUCUGGAACAGAAGACACAGCAUUCAAAGCAUUGACUGGAGGACCUUGAUUCAUGAAAAUUUCUGUGCUCAUAACACAACACUGGAAGCAACAGUUUGAAGAGUUUGUUUACACAGGAACUUACAAUAUACUAGCUACUCAUUUACAAUGAGUACUACUUCCAGUAGUUACGAGCCAUGACUGCAAAGGUCCACAUUCAUCUUACCACAUUCAUGCCAUCUGCCAGAGUUUCCUCAGUUAGGAGUGAGAUUGCCUUGGCUCUGUCUUAUAAUCAUGGGAGGGAAGUGAUUGCUUCUAGAAGUGUUUCAGCCCAUCUGAGUUCUCUAUGUUCUUUAGAGGUGACUAUCUCUGCUCAUUGAUGGUGUAAGCCCUCUAACUUUCUAAAUUAGGCAUUUCAGUUACAUAUUGCAGUUUAGAAGGAAUGAAUUUGAGUCUAAGAUUUCCUGUCACACACAGAGUUUACUAAAAAUGGACCAUUUGUCUUUUUCUAGGUUGUAUAGACAAUACAAAAAAAUCUUGUAAGGGUGUGUUUAUGGUAGAGGGGGAAAAGAAAUGCAUCCUUGUUCUGCUUCUCUUAUGAGUCCACUAGACAUGAAUCUUCUUCUCAGUUAAAUUCAUUAGAUUGGGCAGUACUACACUAAGGCAGUACUUGAAGCUGGUUUGUGCCAGCCACCUAACAGUGUGGAUAGAAUCCAGUCAAACCUUUGGAAGCAAGGGGAUCCAACUCAGUCUGUUCUGCAAAUGAACACAAGCCCAAUGCCAUAGUGUGCAUGCGUCAAAGAAACUCAGUAAAAUAUUGCAGGAAUGCUAAAGGGAGGUAGUUUGUGUCUCUCUGAGCCCUUCCAGGUAGACAUGCUGUGAGUUCUUGUUCUCUGCUUUAGAAAUAGGGUUAGGUGGAAAUGGUUCUUCUGCUUCUUAGAGUAACCACUUCUAAGUCCUACUUUAUUUGUUGAAGGGAACUCCUGUAAAACAAACUUCACUGAAAUCAUUUAGAGCUUUGGCCUGAAGUAGUUUCACCAUUAAGCAUGCCAAACAUUUUAUCUGAAUAGAAAAUGGAUUCAGGUUUUGUUUGAAUAUUAUCUUGUGAACUUGUGUGCCUCCUAAUUUCUCUCUAAACUUGAUGUGGAUAAUUUGGCUCUGGUAUUCAGGACUGUAAUUGGGCAAGCUCUUAAAGAACAAUCUUAAGUCUCUUAAGGUCUGUUCACCUGCUUUUUUUGGUUCUGAAAAGUUAUUGGUAAAAAGCCACAUUUUAAUCCGACUUCAAUUAAAUUACUAGAAUCAACUUUUAUUGCCAUAUCCUUAGUUAAAGCAAAUAACAUUACAGAAAGAGGAAUAACUGCUCUGGAGUAACAAAGUGGCUUACCAAAAUCCAAGGAUUUGCGUUGUGGUAAGCACAAUGAACAUGGUGGGAAUUUCGCUGGUACCAUUGAGAUCAUAAUUUGUCCUGCUACUGCUGAUGAUGGUGCAUACAUUUACUUAAUCAUUUUUCAUCUUAAUACAAUACUUUAAUAGAACCAAAAUGUUGCAGACAUUUGGACAAUUUUGUUUUGAAAUUAGAGUUCGGAAAACAUCAAAAAGUUCCAUAAAGUUUGGAUCUUCCGUUUCCAAAUGUACAGCCUUUAGUUAUAUAUAAGGAUCAACACAAAAACAAAAUGCUUCAGAUGUAUCAAAAUCAAAUAUUUUGAUAUAUCCUAUAUAUGAGUAGUUUUAAUUUCCUGAAGACCCUCCAAAAAUAUGGCUUUUUGGCUAAUUUUUUAAUGGGAAAAAAAUAGUAGCCAGAGGAGAGAAAUUCCAUUUUCAGACUAGUGCUUUCUAGUGAGACAUAAAUAACAACUUAAUGUUUUUUAUGCUGCAAUAGUAAUUCAUUGUUCUCACUAGUAAUAAUUUUCCACUUGGAAAUUCACUGCACGAUGAAGUGAUUGGUGCAUGAUUCCUUGACAAGUCAACAAUAGUGGUAGGACUAGAAGCUGUAAAUCAUGGGGUAUCUUGAGAAGGAAGCUAUGACUAUGACAUGGCAUAAUGAGUGGAAUCUGUUCAUUGACCUGAAAACCAGUCUUCAGCUGAGCCUACAGAAACACACACCUCAGCUUCUGCAAAAUAACAAUAAUACUGCAGUACCAUGUGUUAUCCAGAGGAACACAGGUAAUACAUAAUAACAUAAACAGGUGUUUUUAAUGGUUGUGCAGCCCCAAAGGAAUAGGACAGCCUAAAUUCAGAAUAAAUAUAAACAAAAUGACCAAGGUGUUUGCUACUGUUAAGGCAGCCCCAAGGAUAAGCCUACACAGACCAGGAAAGCUAUUUUCUUUGGGUUUGUGCUCUAGCAAACUUUGUUUUAGUAUAUAUGCAAUAGGAAGCCACCUUAGGAGGAGGAAUUAAAGGGAGAAAAGAGUUUUUUCUUUAUUGCCUGGGAGAAUAGGGAAAAGAGGCAGUCUGGGAACAGGAAUUAUUUAAAGACUGCUAAUUAUUAAUCUCUUUGGGGGGAAAACAAAUCAGGGAGCAGACUAUUAUUUAAUCUAUCAUCAGGGGAUUAGUUUAUUUCUGACCAGCCGUGAGGGGUGGAACUGUGAUAAUUAAGAAUCAAAUAAAUUUAAAAAACAACCUGACUGUUUUCAUUCACAUUUUUAUGCCCGAUUUUUCCCACCAAAAUUAAUUUCCUAAAUUUCCCCCUUGUUGUGGAGCUCAUCCUUUUGAAUCAUUAAACUUACGUGUUAUCAUUGGGGUAUGGCUGUCUACUCAAGUUGAAAGAAGUGCAACCAGGUUCAGUGGGCAAUUUUAAACCAAAUAAUUAUUAUCAUUUUAUCUGUUUUAUGUCCAGAGUAUGGGUUCCUCUCUAGGUAUAAGAACAUUUGGUAGAAGAAUUACAUUUUUCAGAGAGUUGGAUGAUUUACUAUUGGUUUCACCAGUUUUCCACUAUGUGUGUCCUUAUCACAACAAAUUUUUUCCAUUUCUGAACAAGAUUGAAAUAACACACUUUGUUCUCUGGUUGCAGGCAAUGUUCCUAGGCUUUGUUCAUCCCUAUUUAAGUUUUCAUAUGCCUGCCUGUUUUCAUGCACACAUCUUCGAGCACAGUGUGUUUUCCAGGAUAUUUUUGCUAAGUAUUCUGUGAGUGAGUGGUUUCUGAAAUCCUUGGCAAACUAGGAACCUGAGAUAUUCCUUCUGCUGAGAGACCUGGCUGAGGCAAGGAGGUUAGCCAGUUGUGACAGUCCAAGGAGAGUGCAGGUAAUUGCUAGGACUGGGCUGAAUCGUGGAGCUGCUCAGAGUGCAUAAAUGGAGAUAAUAACUUAAGGCUGAGUAGUACAUACCCUAGAGAUGGAAAAGAAAGAGAGGAUGUAGAGCACCAGAAGUCUGAAGAAGCAAGCUCAGGAUUCAUAAAGUGGAGAUCACAUCAGCUGCUUACGGGGAACAGUGGGGACUUGAGAGGGUUGUUCGAUAGAGGAGACAGAAGUUGGAAACAAUGAAGAUUGAAGCAAAUGAGUGGAGAGACACAGCAGUGUCUGCGGUAAGGAGGAAUGGCUCUGAUGCAGAAUAGAGCUAGGAUUUUGGAAAGAGCUGGCCUGUCCUGAGGAAGUAAGGAGAGGGUCUGGGGCUCUCUGGGGUUGUGAGUAGUUAAGCUAGGGACACUCCAGCCUCCUCUGCUCAUUCUGUUCUCUAGUUGUACUUGUCUCCUUAUGAUAUCUGCUUUGGCAUCUGAAGGAGAUGAAUUAUUAUUUUCUUCCUGAUUGUGUUUGUUCAGUUUGCAUGACAGAGCCUAAUUUGUUACUCUUUUGCUCUGACACUAUAUGUACUUAAUAAUGAUAAUAAAGAUAAGAGCCACAAUAAAGAGUUUCUAUCACCA